AAAAGAAGAAGAAGCGCUCUGGGAGGAAAAAGAUGACAGGGGGCGCGAAAAGAAAAGCUGAAUCUGUGCAGGAAUCGGGUACAAGCAAUGAGAAGGUGAAGAAAGUCUGCACAGAUGUAGCAAAAGCUUCAGAAACAAAAGUGGAUUCAGAACAGCGAGAUGAAGUGAUGCGAUUAUACAAUCUUCAAAUGCCUGAAGAUCUGUUCCAUUUCUGGGACUUCUGCAAGGGCCUUUGUCUAGAGGACCCCUGUGGUGCUCUGAUGGAUACACUGGGUUUGCAGCUGGUUGGUCCUUUUGACAUUCUGGCAGGAGCUCACAAAAAUACCAAGAGUCCAAACUUCCACCUUCACUGGAGGUAUUUUUAUGACCCACCAGAGUUUCAGACCGUACUGCGGGGGAGUGAUGACAGCCAACAUCACAUUGGUUACUACAGAGACACUCCAGACUCACUUCCGUCAUUUGUUGGAGAAAAUGAAGCCAAGAAGGGAUGCACUAUAACUCAGAUGGGAGACAACAUCUUUGCUGCUGUCCUCUUGGUUUUGAGGAGGAGGCGGAAAGAGAAGGGCACUCAGAAGGCAGGACGAGUCACUUUGGGAGACUUGGAGGCGUUACUGAGAGGCAGGGCAGAGACUCUGGGUUUGUCUCUGGAACAGAAGACCAAAGAAAUGAAGCAGCGGAACAAGAAGGUGGUCUCAAAGACAUUCCACGGUGCUGGAAUUGUUGUGCCUGUAGACAAGAAUGAUGUUGGUUACAGAGAACUACCAGAAACAGAUGCUGGUCUGAAGAGGAUCUGCAGGGCGAUUGCUGAAGCACAGGAUGAUGCUGAACGUGUCAAAGCCUUUGGACCGCUACAGGAGAUGAUCACCUUUGUUCAGUUUGCCAACGACGAGUGUGACUACGGGAUGGGCUACGAACUUGGAUUGGACCUCUUCUGUUAUGGAUCGCAUUACUUUCAUAAGGUAAUCAGGCAGCUUCUACCUAUGGCCUACAAUUUGUUGAAAAGGAACUUGUUUGGGGAAAUUCUGGAAGCCCACCUAUCCAGCCGUAGCCAUGACAACCUGGACCAACUUUCUGUCCAUUGAAAGACUCAGUUCUAUGGCAUCAAAGGUUUUUUCCACCUUUUGUGUCUUUUUGUUCUCCCCUCUUCUUUUUUUAUGCUGCUUUUAUGGACUGCACCCAGUUUGUUGAUGUCGUGUUCUUAUAAGCUAGGUGUUUAAUAAAGUAAUUUUAUAUUUUUAA